AGGAUGACAGUGAUCGCGAUGUUGAAGAUCUAGCUCUAUUAAAGCAAACGCUCUGUCUCGUAGCUGGGCUUGCCUAGAGGUGGUGGGAUCACAGUAAAGUCAACAUUUACAAGCAUUCCACCCACAGCACAACUAUCAGUACAUUGAUUCCACGCUGCACUAUAAACAUGGCGGCCACCACAAGGACCGGAAACUCCGCGGAAGCCAUGCUGCAAAACUUGAAGAUGGUAUUCAGCAAUACGACACUGGCAUCUAAUGCGUGGGAGGAGACUCUCCUCGACAAUGCCCAUCGCGUCAGCACACCUCUGGCAUUGAGGAUGUUGAGCCAGAUGGGUCUAGGCAGAGAGACCACAAAGCCGUUUAGGAUCCUUGAGAACGCCUGUGGAGCCGGAGUUGUUGCGCCGCUUCUGCAGGAAAUCAUCAAGCCCGAUGUCCUGAAACAGAGCAGCAUCCUCUGCGGAGACUUCUCCGAACAGUCGAUUGCGCUGGCAAAGAAGCGGAUUGAGAAGGAAGGGUGGGUUAGCACGGAGGCCAGGGUGGUUGAUGCUCAGAAAACGGGGCUUGCCGACGGCGCUUUCACGCACUGCGCGACAAACAUAGGCUUCCAUGUCGUGCCCGACUCAGAGCGAGCCUUAGAUGUGUCGGCAGAGGUAAUCCGCAUCCUGGAGCCAGGAGGAGUGCUCGGCUUCACGACCUGGCACAGGGACACCGCCUGGGUUAUGGAUAUCAAGGAGGCGUUCGCCAGCUUUCCGUUUGAAGCUCCCUUCGAGCUUCCACUGCAGUUAACCAAAUGGGGUCAGUGGUCCGACGUCAACUGGGCCCGGAAGACGCUCGAAGCGAAAGGCUUGCAAGAUGUCAAGGUCGACGUGUUCGCCUACCUCAGCACCGUGGACAGCACCGACCACGCCCUCAAGGGCACCAGCAUGAUGAUCCAGUGGGUGAUGAACAGCUGCUGGACCGAGGAACAGAGGGACCAGCAUUCAGCAGAGGAAGUAUCGGGGCUACUCAGGCAGUAUUUCGACAAGAAGUAUGAGGGAAAACCUUGGCAAUGGAGUUGGGUUGCCCUCAUUGCCAGCGGUCGGGUGCCAGCUUAG